AUGCGCAUAGUGCCUAUCCAUCCGUCCAUCAUUGUAGAUAGAUACGUUGGGAGCGUUGGGAUGCCUGCAAGAGUGUUGAUCUUUCGCGUUGUUGCUGAAAAGUGAAAUUUGGAUUCCUAGGUUUAUCGACAAACCUCCGACCAACAAACAGUUCAAAAUUGGACAAUUAUUACGCGAAUGGGGCAGCGGCAGAAGUGUGGCACGGUGCGGAACCAUUAGAUUUGAAAUAAUGCCCAAGGAGACAGAGACGCCCUCAGACGUCCAAAAGUGCAAACGCCUACAGGAGGAUCAAUUGCGAUCGUAGCUUUCGCAAAAAAUAUUACCAUACAUACAAACGACGAAGCGUCUCGAACUCGGGAUCAGUGGAGUGAUCAUCAAGGGGAACCAAAAAAAUGAGCCUGAAAACGAGAGGGAUCGUGUUUGCCACCUUUUUCGGCAGCUGUCUGAUCGUGGGCCUACUAGUGGCGGCACUAACCACCGACAACUGGGUCCAGGCCAGCCCCAAGCGGUACAACUCGAGCGAAUCGCAAGGACGAAUCCAUUUCGGGCUGUUCGGAGGGCAGAAGCAUCUGAACGUGGCGUACGGCUGGCGGAGGCACGACGUAGAUGUGCUUGCGGUACUCCAGGAUGAACCCGAUGUCAUGAGCUACUGGCUAUGGCUUGGAACGGCCAUCGGUACCGGGCUGGGCGCACUAGGCGGCGCAGUCAGUGCCGUAGCUUCCGUACUGAAAUCCUCAUCCGCCUCGAAGAAAUCCGGCACCAUGGUGGUCCUAUUUGCAGCCAACAUCCUCUCGGGACUCUCCCAGAUUCUGUCAUUCGUCUGCUGGAUGCUCCAGUUCCUCCAAUAUCUCACUCAUAACGUUCUGGUGGCGGAGGAUCGCGACAACAAUUGGUACAGCAGUGGGCUGGCCUCGCUCAGUACCAGUUUCUAUCUGGUAGUGGCCGGAAUCGUGAUCGUGAUAAUCAACAUCACUCUGCUGAUUGUGGCCACCAGCAUGGAAAAACGCGAACGGAAUCGGGUGCUGGAGGUCCCGACCGACGAGAAAACGCAAGGAGCGAUCAUGCUUUACUGAGCAAAGGAGUAGUUUUUGAACUCAUCGUUGAACAAUUUUGAAAUUUAGAAAGUAAUUUUCUACGAACUCAUCGCCGAAGUAACUCAAGUUAGCCAUACGUUGGAACUAAAGAUGAAACAAAUCAUUUUUUUUAAUCUAUAAUUUAAUGCCUAGGUUAAGGACAACGCGUCGAAUUGCCAAUCGUGAAAUCGAACUUGUAAUUUUAUUUUUGAAUUAAAAUUCGUCUUUUAUCUGCUAA